GCUGAACAACAGUGACAGUCAGAUUUUGGCUUGGCAGAAUCUGGCAAAGAGUAGAAGACAGGCGGUGCGGGGGGCAGCCUACAUGUUUAAUCCAGAACCGUAUAGCCUUACUGCAGUGGAAGAGCGUUUCCUCGAUGCAGCUGAAUAUGGAAACAUCCCAGUGGUACGCAGAAUGUUGGAGGAGAUGCCUGAUCUUAAUGUGAACAGUGUGGACUACAUGGGCCAGAAUGCACUGCAGCUGGCUGUGGCCAAUGAGCAUCUGGAGGUCACAGAGCUGCUGCUGAAGAAACACAAUCUUGCUCGAAUUGGCGAUGCCCUAUUGCUGGCCAUAAGCAAAGGUUACAUCAGGAUUGUGGAGGCCAUCUUGAACCACCCAGCCUUUUCUGAUGGUCACAGACUGACUGUAAGCCCCAGUCAGGUUGCAAUGCUGGACGACUUCUUUGCCUAUGACGAGGAUGGCACACGCUUCUCCCAUGACAUCACUCCAAUUAUCCUCGCUGCCCACUGCCACGAGUAUGAGAUAGUACACACACUCCUAAGGAAGGGGGCCCGCAUUGAGCAACCUCAUGACUACUUCUGUGACUGCGACACCUGUAACUACCACCAGAAGUAUGACUCCUUCAGUCACUCCCGCUCACGCAUUAACGCCUAUAAAGGCCUGGCCAGCCCUGCUUACCUCUCUCUGUCCAAUGAGGACCCGGUACUGGCAGCUCUGGAGCUCAGCAAUGAACUUGCCACCUUGGCCAACAUUGAGAAAGAGUUCAAGAAUGAUUACACAAGAUUAUCUAUUCAGUGCAAAGACUUUGUUGUGGGGCUCCUUGACUUGUGCCGGAGCACUGAGGAAGUGGAGGCCAUUUUGAAUGGAGAAGUUGAUGAAAGUGAUGAGGUACCUGGGCGACCAAGCCUCAUCAGACUAAAACUGGCAUUAAAAUAUGAACUGAAAAAGUUUGUCGCCCAUCCAAACUGUCAGCAGCAGCUCCUAUCCAUCUGGUAUGAGAAUGUCUCUGGACUUAGGCAGCAGACAACAGCAAUUAUGGUAUUGGUUGUUCUAGCUGUUGCAAUUGGUCUGCCAGCCCUGGCCAUGGUGUAUUGGAUCGUACCAUGCAGUAAGUUGGGGAGGAUUAUGCGUGGUCCUUUUCUGAAAUUUGUAGCUCAUGCAGCAUCCUUUACAACGUUCCUCGGCCUUCUUGUGCUAAAUGCAGCAGACCGCUUUGAUGGGACGAAACUCUUGCCAAACAUGACGAUCCAUGAUCGCCCCACCCAGUUGUUUCGAAUGAAAACAACCCCUUUCACUUGGAUGGAAAUACUUAUCAUUUCCUGGGUCGUAGGAAUGAUCUGGGCUGAGUGCAAAGAGAUUUGGUCUCAGGGACCCAGAGAGUAUCUAUUUGAGCCAUGGAACAUGUUGGAUUUUGGAAUGCUGGCCAUCUUUGUGGCAUCAUUUAUUGCACGCUUUAUGGCAUUCUGGCACGCAUACUCGGCACAGAGCUACGUUGAUAUCCACUACAACCAUUACUCUGAUUUGACUAAUGUAACUCUGCCUGCAGAGAUCGAAUAUUUCCAACUGGCUCGCAUUGACUGGUUACCCUCCGACCCUCAGAUCGUCUCCGAGGCACUGUAUGCCAUUGCAGUGGUUCUGAGUUUCUCAAGAAUCGCUUACAUCCUCCCAGCCAAUGAGAGCUUUGGACCUCUGCAGAUCUCCUUAGGAAGAACAGUGAAAGACAUCUUCAAGUUCAUGGUGAUAUUCAUUCUGGUAUUCUUAGCAUUCAUGAUUGGCAUGUUCAAUCUCUACUCGUAUUACCUUGGAGCCAAACAAAAUGAAGCCUUCACUACUGUGGAGGAAAGCUUUAAAACCUUAUUUUGGGCAAUAUUUGGACUAUCAGAAGUCAAGUCUGUCAUUGUCAACAAUGGGCAUAAGUUUAUUGAGAACACUGGCUAUGUUCUCUAUGGAGUAUACAACGUCACCAUGGUGAUAGUUUUACUGAACAUGCUCAUUGCAAUGAUCAACAGUUCAUAUCAAGAAAUUGCGGAUGAUGCAGAUGUGGAGUGGAAGUUUGCCCGUGCCAAACUUUGGUUUACCUACUUUGAGACGGGCAGAACUCUUCCAGUUCCUUUUAACCUGGUGCCAAGCCCAAAGUCUGUGGUCACGCUGUUCACGGGGAUAAAGACACUACUGCUUGCCUUGAUUCACAGGCAAUGGACCAUGGAGAAGGCCGAAACGGAGCUGAAUGAGCUAAGUGAAAGAAGCAAACCCCCUAGAGAUCCAAGCCCACAGCGUCCAAGCCGAUAUCAGAAGAUCAUGAAGCGCCUGAUCAAGCGUUAUAUUAUCAAAGCACAAUGCGAUAAAGAGAGUGAUGAAGUCAAUGAAGGGGAGCUGAAGGAAAUCAAACAGGACAUUUCUAGCUUGCGUUUUGAGUUGCUGGAGGAGAAAUCUCACAAUUUGGAGGACCUUGCGAAGCUUAUCAGGCGUCUGGAAGACAAAUUGUGAUGUCUACGUAUGAACUGUUAUGACUUUGUGUACAACAGCCAACUCCUGGAAAUGUGGCGUGGUGUGGCGCGAGGACAAGUGCCAAUUUCAAAUGAAAAUGUUUCCAUGGACUAAUUUUUGCUGUAGUGGCCAUCUGCCUCGAAGUGCCUUGAGGACAUACUGGUUUGUGCAUCUAAAAUGUCAUGCCUCUCUCCCCUUUUAUUUAAGGGUAGCAAUACAUAUGCAUGUGUGAACAAAAAAUAUUUUUUAUCGGCCACAAGAGAAAACUGGAUUUUACAGUUAUUUUAUAGUUUACACUAUCGUUUAUAAAUAUUAAUAAUGUGACCAGCACAAUCAGACUGCAAAUACAGUCUGAUUCAUACAGUCUAUUUAUACAAAGUAGCCUAUAUCCAGUGAAAUGUCUAGAUCCAAGCUGUUUACAGAUAUCCUUUAUUAACAUAUUAAUAUUUUAAGUAUGUAAAUGAAAUUAAGAAAUAUUUCUGAUACUUGAUACUUGCAACAUAUUUAUGCACAUGGUAUUAUUAGUUUUAUUUAGAAUUAUCACUAUUUUUAUGUAUAUCACAUCUCCAUCCUUUUGUGGAGGUGGUUUGGUCUUAUCUGUGGAUUACUUAGCACAUUAAACCACAUCUAAAUAAAGACUGGCUUUGUUUUCCA